AUGGAAACUGUCGAGUCGAUUGUCGAUUGCUCAAGAGCUAAAGAUUGCACAAAAAACCGUUUGGUUCCAUUUAAAGAAGGUUGGAUACAAAAAGAAACUCGAUGUAUGGGUGUCACACGAGUUAACGCAAAAAAACCCAAUUGCAUGAAUCGAAUUUCAAUCGACUCAUUUCUGUGUCGGUUGGUGAUUGGUGAUGAAAAGUGGAUCACUUAUGACAACCUCAAACGAAAAUGGUCGUUGUCGAAUCGCAGUAAGCCGGCUAAAAUGACACGUGGUCGCAAGCCAUCAGCUGCAAAAGCUAAUAAACUAAAUGCAACCGCUUCGACAGUUUCCCCAAGACAACAAAUUAAUGCUAAUUCUGCUAUAAGUCCGGCACCAGCUACUGUUUUGCCACAUCCAUCGCCAAAUACGACUACUAAUUUAGGUAGUGCUGGUACAUUAUUGGGUGCUAAUCAACAGCAACAAUACAAUCAACAGCAACAUUUGCAACAGCAACAACAACAACAACAUCAACAACAACAACAGCAUACUCAACAGCAGCAACAACAACAGCUGCCACAAGGCAUACAAAAUUCUCAACAGCAUUUGCAACAACAACAUCAUCAACAACAACAGCAGCAACAACAGCAUCAUUUGUCACAUCAACAACAACAGCAGCAGCAACAGCAACAACAUCAACAGCAACAUCACCAACAGCAACAAGAACAAUUACAGCAACAACAUCAAAUUACAGCACAAAUACAGACAAUGAAAGAUCAACCACAACAACCUAUGGCUCCAAUGGCCUUCUAUCCGACUUGGCAAACAGAUCCAUCGCAGGGUUGGCAAAAUCAAUUCAUACAGCAAAUACCACAGAAUACGCCUGCCAUAACAUCGCUCAACUCGUUAGAUUUCCAAACACAAUCAUAUGCCUACCCAUCAAAUGGAUAUGUGCAGACUGGCCUCGGAUUUGAUCCAAAUUAUGGCCGUUCUCCAUAUGGCGCACCCGUACAACGUUAUGACUUUCAGAGCCAACAGUUAUCAAGUGCACCCAUCAAUCAAGUAGGUCUGCAGGGCGUUGGUUUUGCACCGGCUGCUGUUACAUAUGCCGGUCAAGUGUCAACUGCUCCUGCACCACCUUCCGUGGGUUUACAGCAACAACAACAUUUGGGCGUUGGCAGUGACUUGAAUAAGACGAUGUCGGGAAACGACACGCCUGGAUAUCCGCGGGUGAGCAGCGUACCGCCGCGCUCACUCAAUUGUAACGGGUAUUCAGGCGACUAUAGCGGUACUCAACAACAACAACAACAUCAAACAUCAAAUCACAACUCAACAGCUUCAACUGCUGUUACACCAAAUGCUGUUGCUAACUCACUUGCAACAGUCAAUGGCGGGCAGUCAGCAGCAAAUGCUAAUAAUAAUUCGGUGGCUCUACCACAAGCUUCACCAAUGCAACCACCAAAUGCUCAAAGUGUGCCACAAUCUCCAACAAGAAAUCUCAUGCAGCAACAUCAACAGCAACAGCAGCAACAACAGGCGCGUCAUGUCUCUCAAUCGCCCAAUCAUAUACCGCAAUCACCAAAUGGUAAUUUACAAGCUCAGCAACAACAACAACAAACGCAGUAUAAUUCCAAUAUACCACAAUCACCACAUCAUAAUCCAUUGCAGCAACAGCAGACGCAGAAUCAUAUCGCUUCACCACCACAACAACAGCAACAGCAGAUGCAACAAGACUGGAAUUGGAAUACCCAGCAGCAGCAGCAGCAGCAGCAGCAAACUCCUGGCGCUGACUACCAACAAGGUGAGCGUGUUAAUCUUAAUACGCGCAUUAAAUCUAUGAUUUUACGUAAAAAUGAUCCUAAAGAUUCACUUUCUGGUGCAGCACCACCUGAUAUUCUUAUGCAGGUACCUCCUCCACCUCUGAGUGCGAAUGGUAACGGUGCACAGCAGCAGCAACAGCAACAGACCGGUCAUUUUUUAUCGUAUAGCCACCAUCUCCGAAACGAUUCAGUAAUGAACUCGAAUGGUUCGAAUGGUACUAGUGUAGCUCAACAAACUCGUGCACCAACACAUCCACAUCAACAGAAUCAACAGCAACAACAUCAGCAAAUACAGAAUAUGCAAGCAUCGAAUACUGUGGGAAUGGCGCCAACCGCAACACUAGCACCAGAACCAAUCGGAGGUGGUGGCGACCAAAUUUGGAAGCCACACCACGUGAAUUCCUUUAAGAAGCCCGUGGCAACUGGUUUUCAAAAUUCGGAUCAACAUCAUCAACAGACUCUUCAAUCACAGCAACAUACAGCAACCAAUAAUUCGAAUAAUAAUACUCAUACAGAGACACCAACCAAAAAACCAAGUCGUAGAAGUAAAAGCAGCCGUAAUACUAAUACUGAACAAACGGAUAUAGAGAAAAACAGUAAUGACCCAGGCGGUGGAUUGCAUUCAGCACAUGUCGCUAAUACGAAAAACAUGGAUAAGAUGAACUAUCCCUCAUCACAGUAUCCACCACAUCCAGACUACCAAGCACAGUAUAUAAAAACUGAACCAGGACUCGUGCCACCACAACCAAAUAAGAUGGAAGGGUAUGAACGCAACUAUCAGAAUUUCAUACAAUAUGCAGAUUUUUGUCAAAACGAAGUUCAAGGUCAGUCUGGUGGACCAACUCAGCAUAUUCAGCAACAACAUCAAAACCAGUCAGAGUAUGCAGGCUAUCAUCACAAUGCAGCAUAUUAUAGUGGGUCGACCAGUUUCCAACAAAACUAUCAGCAAAACUUUGUUCCUGGAUACCAGCACUCUAAUUCAGCUGGAGCAUACUCCACACCAAAUAUACAAUCCCAACACUCCAGUACGCUUACAAAGUCCACUAACGGUGGGCACCCGAAAUCACCCAGUGCGACUGGUUUAUCACAAUUAAAUAAUCAUAUGAUGGAUAUAGAUCGAAAGCCUGACACUAACAGCAUCAUACCACUUCCUACCAAUUAUGAAAAAGAUAUACCAGCUCAUGCUUAUCCAAUACCUCCACAUAGGUAUCCACUGGGUCAUAUGCCAUCACAUCUUGCUUCUGGCUUAAUUGAACCAAAAAUUGAAGACAUGGGAAUGCUUAAUCAAAGUGGUACAUAUCCCUUCCUAGGUGAAGGCGGUCCUGCAGCUAUCAAAGAUAGUUCUGGUUUUUCAUGUUGUCGACAAGGUGGAACGCUAGCACCAACUACUGAACAUCUAAAAGAUGGGUCUUGUACUGGCAUUCAAACAAAAGAUGAAAUAAUUGAUGAAGAAGACGAACAAAAUGCUAAUGCCAAUGGUGCUAAACCCAAGAAAAAGGGAGUAAAGCAAGAAGAAAAUAAUGAAAUUGUAGUCAAACAUGAAAAAAUAAAUCCAAUUUUCGAUACAACUGAUAGGUUAGAGAAAGGUAAUAAGACCGAGAUUCCAGAAUGUGAUUGUUUUCAAUCAGAUAAAAAUCCACCAGAACCUGGCACAUACUAUACGCAUCUAGGAACUGCCUCAACACUUGCGGAACUACGCAAAGAACUUGAGGAUCGAUGUCAAAUAUCUGGUCGGCAACUGCGUAUUGAAAAAAUUGUUUAUACUGGCAAAGAAGGUAAAACAAAUCAAGGUUGUCCGGUGGCCAAAUGGGUUAUUAGGCGUGCAGAUCCUGAAGAGAAAAUAUUGGUUGUUGUUAAGAAACGUCCUGGCCAUAGGUGCUUGGCAGCAUUUAUUGUUGUUUGUAUGGUUGCUUGGGAUGGCAUGCCGAGAAUGGAAGCUGAUAAUGCCUACAAAAACUUAAUACCGAAAUUAAACAAAUUUGGACUUCCAACAACAAGGCGGUGCGCCACGAAUGAAAACCGCACCUGUGCUUGUCAAGGUCUUGAUCCCGAAACAUCUGGUGCCUCCUAUAGCUUUGGUUGUUCUUGGUCCAUGUAUUAUAAUGGUUGCAAAUACGCACGUUCUAAAACGGUACGCAAGUUCCGCCUCUCAGUUAAAAGUGAGGAAUCUGCAAUUGAAGAUCAUAUGAACUUACUAGCCACAGUAUUGGCACCUCUUUUCAAGCAAGUAUGUCCACGUUCCUAUGACAAUCAAACAAAAUACGAAAAGGAAGCACCAGACUGUCGACUUGGUUUAGAACCUGGCCGACCGUUUUCAGGUGUUACAGCCUGUUUAGAUUUUUGUGCGCAUGCUCAUAGAGAUCUGCACAAUAUGCAAGAUGGAUGUACCGUUCAUGUGGCUCUACUUAAGCCCUGUAAUCGUGAUAGUAGACCACCAGAUGAUGAACAAUUUCAUGUAUUGCCAUUAUACACGAUAGACUCGACUGAUGAAUUUGAAAGCGUAGAAGGGCAACGAGAAAAACAUCGUAUCGGAGCUGUACAAGUGCUGGAGAAAUAUCCAUGUGAAGUACGUGUGCGUUCAACACCACUAAUACCAUGUCGACGACAUGGUAAGAAACGUAAAGAGGAUGAGCCUGCUACCACAGAAAAUGACACAGGUGCUGCUACAACACCAGUUAGUACUCCACAAGCAACUGCUGUAUCAAAUACUCCACCAGCAGUAGUUAAAAAGGAAUCUGGAAGCAGCAAAUCGAAGUCUAAAAGUAAAUCUAAUGCUACAACUCCAACAGGAGCAACAACACCAUCAUCAGCGGUGCCACCUACAACUCCCUCACCUCGUUGUCAGACACCAGUAACGAAUAAUCCUAGUCCGGCUGGAAGUGCAUUUACAACACCACCAGUAAAUAAUAACCACUCGAAUUCAUCUGCGGGUAGUGCACAAGGAGGCAAUCCAAAUCAGCUUAUGUCAUCCAAUUCCAGUCUUAUGAAUAUGGCGACUAUGAUUGAUACAUUCACAGAUGCACAACUACAAUCGAAUCAAAUUUCUAGUACGGUACUUGAUUCUCCUUAUUCGUACGACUAUCAAACUGGUUCCUAUAUAGACUCACGUAACUAUUACGGAAACUGGCCUCCACCUCAUACUCCUCAUGUUGUAGGUAUGACACCAACUGGUGUACCAAAUGCAGCUCCUGCUGCUCCAAUGACACCUACAACACCAACUGGUCAUCAUACACACCAUACUCCUGCACCUUUAACACCGCAUCAUGAUGCCAAUGGUGGCUAUGGUACACCCUAUAAUAAUCUACCAACAGCAGGUAGUCAGCAGCUAACGCAAGUACAUGAUGUGCGUGGAGAAGUUAAAAGCCGCGGCAGUGAAGAAAACCCCGAUUCAACUACACUGGUAAACAACAAUUUAGCUGAAAGUAAACUAACUACACUCACUCCAUUAACACCCAUGAGUAAUCUAACUCAACACCAUCAUCAUCCUCAUCAUGCUAACCCACUUGAAGAAGGCUUCGUCAAACCAAAGCCUCCAACUGACUAUCAGUACACGCAAUAUCCUAAUAACUAUCAAAUGUAUCCACCACCCCAUUCUGCAUAUACGGCGUACGAUGCAUAUCAGAAUAUGAACUACAACUAUGGAUAUCAUCAGGCCUAUUCGCCAUACAGCAUGUAUCCACAACAAACGCCACCGCCAACACCACCACCACCAUCUCCAAAUUGGAAUAUGUACGGACAUCAUCAGACUCCAACUGCGGCAACUGGUGCUUUUACACCGACAGCAUUGCAACCCAACAAUAUGCCACAUCAACAAACAACACUCGCACCUACAGCACAUCCGCAAACACCGAUCAUUAAUGGAAAUAUAAAACCUACGCUUCCUACACCAAUACUAAACAAUACCACUGCGCCAAUGCCACCAGCGCCUCAAGCAACUUUAGUACCAAUCCAAAACCCAAUAACAGAUCUUAAUAACACUGCUGUUAAUAACAAUGCAACAGCACCAUUACAACCAAAUACUACUCCUGUUGCUAAUAUAAUUAGUCCAACAGCUGUUACUGUACCGACAACUAUUGACAAUACGAACAAUUCGAACAAUUCGACAAUAUCAGUAACAACAGCAGUCAAUACCAAUACGACAACAACAGAAUCCCCUGCAGCCGCUACGAAUAAUUCCAAUAAAAUCGAACCCAUUGGGGAGGUAACUGAAAUCAAUGACAAUUUGGAAGCAUUUCAGGAUCCACAAAUGGGUGGUGUGGCUAUAGCGCUUAAUCACGGUAGCGUGCUUAUUGAAUGUGCCAAACAUGAAAUGCAUGCCACCACAGCAGUACGACGUCCUAACCGACAUCAACCCACGCGAAUGACAUUAAUCUUUUAUCAGCACCGAAAUCUAAAUCGAACUCAUCACGGUAUCGAUGAAUGGGAAGAAAAAAUGCGUGUCAAAAAGAUCAAUACGGACCUCGAUAAUAAAGCCAAAGAGGAAAAAGAAAAAAUUAAGAAAGAGUUAUUAGACGCUGAAGGUGAUGAAGAAGAAGAAGAAAUUGCCAAUGCCAGCACAACACCAAAUCAAAAUGUUGUUGCCAUCAAGAAAGAAGCAAACAAUGGUAACAAUGGUAAUAAUAUGAAUAAUGCAACAAAUAAUAAUAAUCAAAGUGAAAAUAAAAAUGGCGGCAGUACAGCAAGUAAAAAGAGAAGAGAAGCAGCAAAAAAAAACUCCAAUUCGAACACAAAUUCUAAUGAGCAGCCAAAAAACGAGAAAGUUGCCCUCCGUGCACCAACACUAACAACAACUUCGUGGACAACCCUGUUUCCUAUGCAUCCAUGUGUGGUUACGGGUCCAUAUCAGGAGGGCAACAGUAGUCCAACGUCCACAUCAGCACAACAACAACAACAGCAGCAGCAACAGCAGCAGCAACAACAACAACAACAGCAGCAGCAGCAACAAAUACAACACUUAAGUGAGUGCCAUAUUUAA